AUGACGGACGCUUUUCCCCCUUCCGGUGGAGCUCCUCGAGCUUCUCUCCUCACCACCACCACCACCACCACCACCACCACCGCAGCCACUGCAGCCACUGCUUUCUAUUCCUCCUCUUCCUCUUCCUCCAACGGUCCUCCCAGCAUCUCCUCCAUCCCCCGUCGAUCAUCCUAUGCCUCCGUCCUGUCCGGCACCGCGGCUCUCUCCCCUCCAACCCACCCGUCUUCAUCGUCGUCCCACUCGCACUCCACCGCUUCCUUCAUCCCCCCGCCUUUCUCGCCCGACUCUCGCCUCCUGCGGCCGUCCCCCGCCGUGGAUGCCGAUAUGCAAAUGAACUCGCCCUGGAGGCCGUCCGCCGGCGAACCCCUGCCUGCCUAUUCACGAAAGUUCGCCGGCUUCCCUCGCUACGACCCCUUCUUCCACUCCCCCGGCUUCUCCGACCCGGCCGCCGCUCCCUUCAUCCCCUCCUAUCUCCGCAACUCCCGCUACGUCGCCCGCCUCGAUGCCGCCCGCCGGGCAAAGCUCGCCGCUCACCGCGAGGGCACCAUCCCCACCACCGCCACCGCUACAACUACCGCCGCCGCCGCACAUCCGUUGUCCUCCUCCUCCAGCCAGGCUAGCCUUCCCCGGAUCGCCCCUUCCCAUCGGGGCAUGACCUUUGAUAUCAUCGAGCGAGAACCCCCGGGCGAUGACGACCACCUGCUCCCCCUCCCCUCCCGCUGGAGUGAUGACGACAAGUACACGGGCCUGGAGCUCGCAAACGGGGGGGUCGAGGUCCGCUACACUGGGCCCGUCAACAAGCACGACCACGAAGCCGCCGCCGUGCGGGCGGACCACCCCAUGCCCCCGCAGUGCGGGAUCUACUACUUCGAGAUCACCAUUCUAUCCAAGCCCAAAGAGGGGAUGAUCGGAAUCGGGUUCUCGAGUAAGAAAGCCUCAGUCGAGCGUCUCCCCGGCUGGGAGCAGGAAUCAUGGGCGUAUCACGGCGACGAUGGCAAGUCAUUCUUUGGAGAAAGCCAAGGACAGGGACGACAAUACGGGCCGACCUUCGGGGCCAAUGACACGGUGGGAUGUGGGGUGAACUUCUCGACGGGCUGUGCGUUCUUCACCAAGAACGGUAUCCAUCUAGGAAACGCCUUCCGCGAGCUACGGAAUCUGAAGGUCUACCCGUCGGUCGGCAUGAAGAAGCAGCCGGCGGUGCAUCUGGCCGUGAACUUUGGCCAGCAGCCGUUCAUGUUCGACAUUGAUGAUAUGGUUAAGAAAGAGAAGUUAUCGAUCCAUGAGGAGAUUAGCCUGACCAGCACGGCGAAUCUCCAACCGCCGCUGGACGAGACGGCCUUGCUCCAGGAGUUAGUGGCCCAGUUCCUCGCUCAUGAUGGCUAUGUCGAGACCGCGCGGGCGUUUGCCGAGGAGGUGGCUGCGGAGUCGACUGCGCUGGAGAACGGCCGGCAAGCACCACUGCAGAAGUACGAGGUGGAGGAGGACGUCGAGGCGAUCAACCGGCAGAAGAUCCGCGCGGCCAUCCUCGAUGGGGACAUCGACAAGGCCCUGAAGUACACGAAUGCCUACUACGCGAACGUUCUGCAGACGUACCCCCACAUCCACUUCAAACUGCGGUGCCGGAAGUUCCUGGAGAUGAUGCGCCGCUGCAACGAGCCAUCGGCGGCGGCGUCGAAACGCAAGGCGUCAAACGGGCUAUCAGACGGCAGUGCGGUGUUUGACCAGGAGAUGGAGCUGGACGAGCAGCUGCAGGAGAGCGAGGGCUGGGAGGCAGACGGGAUGGACACGGAGGAGCCGGAGAGCACGGCACGGUCGAACGAGUUGCUGACGGCGGCGGUGCAGUACGGACAGCAGCUGUUUGUGGACUACCCUCCGGACGAGCGGGGCGGGGACCGCAAGAUGCUGGACGACAUCUUCUCACUGGUGGCGUACCCGGACGCGCGCCGGUCGGUGCAUGGACACUACCUGGACCCGGCGGGCCGGAUUGCAGUGGCGGAGGAGUUGAACUCGGCGAUUCUUGGUAUGUUGUCGCUGGGCAAGUCAUCGUCGGCCGCUCUGGAGCGGUUGUACCAACAGACGGAGGUGCUGGUGAACGAGAUCGGCGAGGAGGGCGGCGCCGGGGCGUUUAUCAAUGUGCGCAAUGACUUUCUGCUUCAGCUGCCCUGCAUUCCUUCCCAUUCGGCCUCUGCGGCCGCCCCCCUCGCUCUCCGCUGCUGCUGUGGCCGUGACGACUGUGCAUUCCUGCUCCAUAACCAUGUCGCCCUCGAGGGCCUCGAGAAGGAUCUCGCAACCGCCGCGAGGCUGGGCCAGGCUCUGCUCCAUCGUCAUGAGUCCUACAUGGCCGAGGCGGAAGAGGACCGCCAUCGUCUCUGCCUCAGCAUCGAGAAUCUCGAACGCGAAAAACGCCAGGUCCAGGCCGAAAACGCCCGCAUCAUCGAAGAGAACCGCGACCUCCUAGAACAGCUCGAUGGCCUUAACCGGGCAGUCGUCGAUUCCGACUCGCACUCCAAGUUCCUAGCCACCCGUCUCGAGAGCACCGAGGCGGAGCUGCGCAAGCUCACUCUGGCGGCCGCCCGCGCCGCCGACCUCGAAGCCCAACUGGCGCACAUGGAAGCCGAACAGUCCCGGCUGCAGGAGAGUCUCCAAUCCGCGCAGGAGGACUCCAAGUCGGCCGUGCAGCGGUGGAAGCAGGCUGAAUGCACCCUCCGCGAUCUGCAUGACCAGGUGGAUCGCAUCGAGAAGGAAGCCCGCGAGGAGCGCGACCGCCAGGCCGAGAUGGUGCAGCGCAUGGAGCGGAGACGCGCCGUAGAACGCGAGCUCGAUAGCGCGGCCGGACGACUGAAGGGCGCGGCGGCGGCCCACGAGCUGGGUCGCAACCACGGCGGCGCGAAUGUGGUGUCCCGCUUCGUGCGGGACAUCCUGCAGGACAACGCCAACCUGCAGAUGGGGAUCAUGGAGCUGCGCGAGAUGUUGGAGAGCUCGAAUGAGGAGGUGCAGAACCUGCGGGAUCAGAUUCUGUCGCAUCAGCCAUUGGCCUCCGAAACGCAGGAGGAAGAACCCCGACCGUCAACGACUCUGAGUCAGGAACUGGAGUCGCAGGAGUCGCGUCGCGUGUCGCAGGAGUUCCACAUCCACCACCACUAUCACACGCCGCCGGUGCCCGUGGGUUCCAAGAAGGAGAAGGGCUCACUCUUCCGUCGCUCCAAGAAGCGCCGCUCCCUGGGCAGUGCGGCUGUUCUGCACUCCGCGGCCGGCACCCAGCUCCCGCGCAAAGCAACCCAUCGCGCCCAGUCUUCGACGUCGUCCGCCUCCACGAUCCUCUCCCAAACAUCCGUCUCGAUCCCCCCAACUGCUCCGCGCCGCUGGUCAGCGCAGUCCCCUGUCUCCGAUUCUAUGGCAAGCUCCCCGCAGUCUGCCUAUCAGCCCUCAUCGAUCUUUGACCGAGUGGACCGCGGCUUCGACUUAUCCCAACCGACGAGCCCAGAUAGCACCGUCUUCUCGUCCCCGUUGCGCAGUGGCCGGCGUAUGAAGGGGCACGUGGAUGCCGCGUACCGCACCCUGGACGGUGACGGUCUGGCCUCGGGCAUCGACGAUGACCUGAACCCUGACUACUUCCAACGCCGAAGCAGCGCGGAAUACGCGGGCAGAGGUACCAUGCAGUCUGUCAUUCCCGAGGAGAUGGAGGACGGCCGAUCGGUGCCGUACGCCGAGUCGGAGCGCCCGCCAUCCCCUGUAGUUCCGGAGGACGUCUUCUCCUCGCCUUAUCGCGGUGUGCGCCGCAGCACCUCCCACGAAAGUCUUUUCUCGGUGGCGGGCAUGGACAUCCACACUCCUCGUCGCCGUCCAUCGCGGCUGAGCGACCUGCACUCGAGCACCCCGCCCGUCCGCAUUCCCCGACGCAUUAUGUCGCCCAACGCUGAUCUGUUCCUCACAUCUCCGAUAAUCUCGACCAGCAUCAUCACCGCUGGACGCGAGCCCGCCAAGGUCUCUGACCAGUGUCCACAGACCCUCCUUGCUUCCGUGGCGGGAAGCAGAAGCCAGACCCCGAUUGAUCCCGCCGAGGAACAGUCUGAAAACACUACCAUCCCGUCCCGCAAACUGUCCCUAGGACGCCGCGUCGGUGGCUGGGUCCGUGGUCACUGGGGCACCGCCGCAGUGUCCGCCAACGACCCCGUCACCGAGGAGACGGCCGCGAUAUCCGACUCUCCCGCGCGGCGGCCCUCGUCCGCCGGUUCCCGGAAGGGCAAGCGGAGGGCGGAACCGGUUCCCGUCCCGAGUCUACGCUUCCGCUACCCCGGUGUGAAUCAGACAGGUCCCAUCAUGGGAUUCCGGCCCAUGUCUCGGGCCCCGGUGUCGAUUCAUGCGGAGCAAGUGGACGAGGGCCUACUCCGGGAGAGUCUCGCCGACAGCCACUUCCAAUAAGUAAUGUUGCCUCGUGUUGAUCACGGGUCUAUUCCUAUUCCUACUCUCUCCUUCCUUCACUGUUAUUAUACUAUUACCACACCACUACACUAUAUUUACACCACUGAUUUUGAUACCUGAGCGUUGACACCCAGCAUAAUCCUCGCACACAUUAUACAAACACCUUCGCUACCCAGCUGAUUUCUUUGCUUCGGGGUUCUGAGUUGUCGGUUGUUGGUCUGUCGGUCCUGUCCAUCUUUCCUCCGCGGAGGCCUUCCUUGAUACACACAUCACAUACACAUACACAUACAUACAUACAUACAU